AUGAAGUUAAAAGCAAAUCUGGAUAAGUGCUUUUUCUUUCGGCCUCACCUUCAGUUCUUGGAGCAUAUUGUUGGACGAGACAGAGUCUGCCCUGAUUUCGAAAAAAUAAAAAAGGACUUGCGUCCUAUUAUUGAAAGUUCAUUCCGAAUUUCACGUCGAUUGCCGCCCCUUGCACUAUCUUUUGAAGGAAAAUGUCUGGGUGCCGUGUUGGCUCAGAAAGACGACCUUGGAAAGGAGUAUGUGGUGGCCUAUGCGAGCCGCGCAUUAAUCAAAACCGAAAAAAACUAUAACACUACGGAACUUGAGUGCCUUGCCAUGUUGUGGGUAGUCAAAUAUUUCUGCCAUUACUUUGGUUUAGAUCCUUUCUUUGUUGUCAUGAAUUACGCGGCCUUGAAGUGGCUACAAACUUCAGUAUUGACCGGUCGACGAGCUCGCUGA